AUGACGAAUGUACAUAGGCCGACGACACGGCGUUUUAUAGCUGCCACAGACAAAGGUUUGAGAUUUCACCCGCAAGGUUUCGCUAAUUUGCCUAAAUUAUUCCGUGUAUUCGUAUCGUGUAAACAUGAAAUGGCAGAAAUCAACCCCAUUGGAUUCCCUGACAAGUAUACAUGUAUUUAUGUAUAUCACUCCAAAGUGUUCCCUACCAACACAUCCGGAUUCCUAAUGCUACGUUUUAUCACAGGUAAUGCAUCUUCCCCCUUACAAACACUUCUGGAUUCUUUCAUAGUUGACCUUCUGCAUUUUUUCAGCGCAGAAAAUGCUCUCGGAGGCAUUGAAGACUACCGGGCAUCAGUUUACCCAGAUGGGUCUGUGUACUAUUAUUUCCCUAGUGUUGUUGCCACAUUGUGUAAGAUGGAUGUCACGUAUUUCCCCUUUGACACUCAAACAUGUCCAAUAAAAUUAGGGUCCUGGUCCUACUUCGGCAAUGAAUUGAAUCUAACCGGACGUGAUGGAGAAACGGCCGCUGAUAUUGCCACUUAUAAGGAAAAUGGAGAAUGGGAGAUAGUUGGAGCGCCUGCGGUACGGCAUGUUAAUUAUUUUUCCUGUUGCCCUGACCCGUUCCCUGACGUUACUUUCUACGUCACAUUGAAAAGAAGACCACGCUUUUAUCUGUUGAACCUGAUGUUUCCAUGUAUUUUGAUGUCCUCUAUGGCAGUGCUGGCGUUCCUGUUGCCGCCAGACUCUGGAGAGAAAGUUUCGCUGGAGAUCACAGUACUUCUCUCUUUGUCCGUAUUCAUGCUCGUUGUCUCCGAGACGAUGCCACCGACGUCAGAAACGUUUCCAUAUAUAGGCAUGUAUUUUACAUGCGCAAUGCUGCUAGUUUCAUGGUCCUGUCUGAUGACCGUCACAGUUUUGAACUUACAUCACAGAGGCGGCAACGGUCGCAGGAUGCCAUCAUGGGUUAGAACUGUGUUCUUAAAGUGGUUAGGUGGGAUACUGUUCCAACAAGGCAAAGAGCAUAAAUCAAAACUGUUUUGCAAACAGAAUAAGGUAAAUGCUUCCGAUAUAUUUUCGGACAAAAUGGAACUAACAGAUAUGGAAUCAAACUUGUCGGGAGAUGAUGUUAAGCUAUGCAACCUUUUCGUUUCCCCUACCAUCCCAAGAAGACACUCGUCAACCAAAGACAACCGGAAGAAAUCGAUGAUUGCCGAAGAAGAAUUGUGUGAACAUUUCAGUUCCCCUAACGUACCGAAAGGAUUCGUCGCGAACUUCCGAAAGAGCCCGAUUACUGCCGGAGAUGAGCGGUCAGAGGAGAUAAGGCUAAUGAAACUGCAGCUAGAGUGCAUAGAGUCAAUUCAUGAUUACCUGAAUAGUCAAAAGCAGUGUGAUGAAGUGGCUGAAGAGUGGCAACAACUGGCCCGAGUGAUCGAUAGGGUUGUUAUGAUCCUAUUUUUUACCUUUCAGUUGAUUGCGACGGUCAUCAUGAUGGUGAAGAUAAUGAGUGAGCAUUGAUCAAUUUACAUCUUGAAUGUUUUAAGAACGGAUUCUGACUCACAUACAUAAAUUUAGUUUAUUUCGUGUUUCAGACGGGAAUUGAAGAACAGUAAUUUGUUGGAAAACUAUAUUUGCUUAAGUGACAGAUGAACUUUCAGCCUGGAUUACCGGACAGAGACAAUCAGCAAUGUAAUUUUGAAUGACAGAGUUCGGGUGCACGUUUUCAAAACAUACGUGUAAUUACGUGUAUUGGAAGACCGUA